AAAGAGACAAACAACAAAAUGAACAAUCCAGCUAUUAAGAGAAUAACAAAUGAAAUUAUCAAAUCACCUGAGGAUAAACGAGAAUAUCGUGGACUGGAAUUGGCGAAUGGCAUUAAAGCUCUUCUCAUUAGUGACCCCACCACAGAUAAGUCUUCAGCAGCACUUGAUGUGCACAUAGGAUCCUUAUCUGAUCCCCCCAACAUUGCUGGGCUUAGUCAUUUUUGUGAGCAUAUGCUGUUCCUGGGAACCAAGAAAUAUCCAAAAGAGAAUGAGUAUAGCCAGUUUCUUAGUGAGCAUGCCGGGAGCUCAAAUGCUUUCACAAGUGGGGAACAUACCAACUAUUACUUCGAUGUAUCACAUGAACAUCUAGAAGGUGCACUAGACAGAUUUGCCCAGUUUUUCCUGUGCCCUUUGUUUGAUGAAAGCUGCAAAGACAGGGAAGUGAAUGCUGUUGAUUCUGAGCAUGAGAAGAAUCUUAUGAAUGAUGCCUGGAGGUUGUUUCAAUUGGAGAAGGCUACUGGAAACCCCAAUCAUCCCUUCAGUAAAUUUGGAACAGGGAACAAACUCACUCUGGAAACUAGACCGACCAAAGAAGGAAUAGAUGUAAGACAAGAGCUUUUGAAGUUCCAUUCUACCUAUUAUUCGUCAAAUUUAAUGGCUAUUUGUGUUUUAGGAAGAGAGUCCUUGGAUGAGCUGACUUGCUUAGUCGUAAAGUUAUUUUCAGAAGUAGAAAAUAAAAAUGUCCCUAUACCAGAGUUUCCUGAACAUCCUUUCCAAGAAGAACAUCUCCGACAACUUUACAAAGUGGUACCUAUUAAGGACAUUAGAAACCUUUAUGUCACAUUUCCUAUACCAGACCUUCAGAAGUACUAUAAAUCAAACCCUGGCCAUUACCUUGGUCAUCUGAUUGGGCAUGAAGGCCCGGGAAGUCUUUUAUCAGAGCUUAAAGCCAAAGGAUGGGUAAAUACUCUUGUUGGAGGACAGAAGGAAGGUGCUAGAGGUUUCAUGUUUUUCAUCAUUAAUGUGGACUUGACAGAGGAAGGACUUUUGCACGUUGAAGAUAUUAUUUUGCACAUGUUUCAAUAUAUUCAAAAACUGCGUACAGAAGGACCUCAAGAGUGGGUUUUCCAGGAGUGCAAGGAUCUAAAUGCUGUGGCAUUCAGAUUUAAAGAUAAAGAACGACCACGAGGUUAUACAUCAAAGCUUGGAGGAAUGUUGCAU